CGGGAGGGGGCUCGGCCCAGCUGCCGGACUCUUCUCGGGCGGGCCGGGGCGGACCCAGCCCCGCAGACCCCCGGGCCCCGUCCGCCCGCGGUCAGCAGCAGCGCUGGCUACCCACAGCCCGGACGGGGCCGGGGGGCCUGCGGUGCCCGGUCCGCGCCCCUCCGUCCCCUCCGGGAGCUCUGGCGGAGUCUGCGCCAUGGACGGCCGCGCCGGGGGCGCUGCGGCCCCGACCGGGCCGGAUCAGUGCUUAGCUGAUUUUAUGCAGUGUUGGACUUGGAACUGGAGCCCGAUGUGCGCAAGAUAAAGGCUCUCUGCAGACACCGAUGAAAGUGAAGCCAAGGCAAGUGAAGAGCCGCUCCUGAGAAAGAGUUCUCGGCGGUUUGUCAUCUUUCCCAUCCAGUAUCCCGAUAUCUGGAAAAUGUAUAAACAGGCCCAGGCUUCCUUCUGGACUGCAGAAGAGGUUGACUUGUCAAAGGAUCUCCCUCACUGGAAUAAGCUUAAAUCAGAGGAGAAGCAUUUCAUCUCUCACAUCUUAGCCUUUUUUGCAGCCAGUGAUGGAAUUGUUAAUGAAAACUUGGUGGAGCGUUUUAGCCAGGAGGUACAGGUUCCAGAAGCUCGCUGUUUCUAUGGCUUUCAAAUUGUCAUCGAGAAUGUUCAUUCAGAGAUGUACAGUUUGCUAAUAGACACUUACAUCAGAGAUCCCAAGGAAAGGGAAUUUCUAUUUAAUGCAAUUGAAACGAUGCCUUAUGUUAAGAAAAAGGCAGACUGGGCCUUGCGGUGGAUAGCAGACAGACAGUCUACUUUUGGGGAAAGGGUGGUGGCCUUUGCUGCUGUUGAAGGAAUUUUCUUCUCGGGAUCCUUUGCUGCUAUUUUUUGGCUAAAGAAAAGAGGUCUUAUGCCUGGACUCACCUUUUCCAAUGAACUCAUCAGCAGAGAUGAAGGGCUUCAUUGUGACUUUGCUUGUCUGAUAUUUCAUUACUUAGUGAAUAAGCCUUCGGAAGAAAGGGUGACGGAAAUCAUUGCUAAUGCUGUUGGAAUUGAACAGGAGUUUCUAACAGAAGCUUUGCCCGUUGACCUCAUUGGAAUGAACUGUGUUUUGAUGAAGCAGUAUAUUGAGUUUGUAGCAGACAGGUUACUUGUGGAACUUGGCUUCUCAAAGGUUUUUCAAGCUGAAAACCCCUUUGACUUUAUGGAAAACAUUUCUUUGGAGGGGAAAACAAAUUUCUUUGAGAAGCGGGUUUCAGAAUAUCAGCGUUUUGCUGUUAUGGCAGAAACCGCUGAUAAUGUCUUCACCUUGGAUGCAGAUUUUUAAAACCUUCUCAAGGGGAGUUUGUUGUUGUUGUUUGAUUGUUUGUUUUCUUCUUGGGUCACACCCGGAGAUGCACAGGGAUCUCCUGGCUCUGCACUCAGGAAUUACUCCUGCCUGGCUGUGCUUGGGACUGGGAAUGAGAUGCUGGGAAUCGAACUCCAGGUUGGCAGUGUGCAAGGCAAAUGCCCUACCUGCUGUGCUAUCACUCCAGCACCUCCCUAGCCUUUAACAGAAAUGUUAACUAAGUUUAGGGAAUAGGAGUGUGGCAGGGUCCUGGCCUGUCGACCCUGGCAAACCGGAGUAUGAUCCCCCAAGUAAGUAAGUAAGUAAGUCCACCGGACUUACUCCCUAUAGGAGAGGCAGUGGGGAGGGGAGAAGCCUCUGCCCUGCCCCUUUGUGGACCUCGGACUCCCCGCCACCACUGAGAAAGAACCAUGCACAGAGGGGAGAGCUGGAGGUCAAGCAGCUCUCUUUUGAUUAGCUCUCGCACAGGAUAUUUAUACAUGAGCUUCAGGGUAGCCUACAUGCCUAUCGCGCACACCUGGUUGUCACGCUCAUCAGGUACACUUCAUUGGGCUCAUUACAGAUGUUAGCUAAUGAUUUAUAUUUCCCGCUCUCAAGGCCAGGUGUGUUAGCUGAGGCAAGUGAUGACUGUCAGGUCUGUCAUCCCGUUAUCUCCUCAACCAGAGUGCCUUUCUGGCUGGAGUGCUGGCACAGGGCUCUUUUCCAUUGAUCUGAGGGUCUGUCUUUAUUCUAGUAUGAACUUCACAAGAAAAAAAAUUCAACCCCAUCAAAAAAUGGGGAGAAGAGAUGAAUAAACUUCCUCAGAGAAAAAAUACUAAUGGACUCAUGAAUCAUCAUUGUCACUGUCACUGUCAUCCCAUUGCUCAUCGAUUUGUUUGAGCAGACACCAGCAAUGUCUUUCAUUGUGAGACAUUGUUACUGUUUUUGGCAUAUCCAAUACGCCAUGGGUAGCUGGCCACGCUCUGCCAUGUGGGCGUGAUACUCUUGGUAGCUUGCUGGGCUCUCUGAGAGGGGCAGAGGAAUCGAACACAGGUCGGCCGCGUGAAAGGCGAAUGCCCUACCACUGUGCUACCGAUCCAGCCCAUGAAUCAUCAGGGAGAUGCAAAUUAAACAACAAUGAGCUGUCAUCUCAUACCACAGAGACUAGUACACAUCAAAAAGAACAGGGACAACCAGUGCUGGUGUGGAUGCGAGGAGAAAGGGAUUCUCACUGCUGGUGGGACUGUCCACUGGCCCAGCCUUUCUGGAUAUGCCAAAUGAUACAGACAUUAUUAAAACAUCUAGGAAUUGAGCUUUCAGUUUACUCAACAGUCCCACUUAGUGGUGCAUGGUGAUGGGCACUGGAGCAGAUAAGACCAAACCUCGAAAAGUGGCCCAGAAGCGAAGCCUCACAAGGGAGUGUCCGGGCAAAGUUGGCAAGAACAGGCUGUCAGCCAGCACUGGGUGUUGGGCCUUGAGCCUCACUUGACCUCCUGGUCACAUGAGCCCAAGUCACAGAAACUCAUGAAUGCUUAGCACAUCAUCCUAAGUGCAGCAUCUAGCCUUGAUUGGGAUUGGACCGGGGCAAAGCAGAGCUGGAGAGCUGAUAGGCCCAUGAUGCUAAACUGUCUGUGAUUGGACCUUUCUGUAAGCCGAGACCCCCUAUAAAAUAUGUGUGUACUUGGCAAUGAAGUGAGCAGCCCUCAGCUGCUCCCAGAGGGUGCCUCUCCGUGCCCGUCAUCCUUCACCCCAGUCUGCCCAGACCUGGUGCACGUGUCCAGGCAUGUUGGGGGAAAACUGUUCCCCAACAUCUGGCGCCCUGAAUGUGUGGCAUUUACGAAGGUAAUCGGUGAGGUUUUUGGACGGGUGAGUUCCCCUGGCCAGAUCUGGGGGAAUACCGGGCUUCUUCAGCCCCUCAACUAUCUUUCCUUGUCUCAUUUUCCUCCUGACCUCUCCCACGCACCUGCGUGUACGAUGGCCAUUUACACGUCUGUUUGCGAAACUGUCUAAUCCUGAGCUGUCUCUGUUCAGUCACAGUCGUGCCAGCACAGCGCUGGAGCAGCCUCUUCCUUUCUCCUUUGAAUUCAAAACGUGUGAGUGAGGGGCACCAAGUGUAUCUGGAGAGUGAGUGGAUAAGGCACCACGGCUGUGGCUACGGGGUCUGAGUGGGCUCCAACCCGCAGUUCCGUGGAUCCCGUAAUGGCUGAAGAAGACUUGCCCUGCAAGAGAGCAACCUGGCAGGGGGUUAUGCCUGCACUCCAAUGUCAAGGGAACCUUAAGAUCCCACCAUGGAUCAGCCAGGCGAGCACCAGAGAGUGGCCCCUUCCUUCCCCUCGCCCCUUUUUCCUCUUUUCCUCCCUCUACCCGUAACCAUGGGAGCUAUCAGCUCCAAGGACUCUCUUAUUCUAAGCAACCUGCAAGAGAUCUUCCACUCUCGCAGCAUGAAACUUAGCUGAUCUCAGGGUGAGGCUUUUGAGGGGCAUAUGUGUGAGAUCACUCCCUCGAUCACCAAACUCUUCUGGUCUGAAAUCCAGGGCUCAGGUGAGAGAUAAAGUAUUUCCCCUGAAAUUUUUACUGUUCUUUUGGCCCUUCGCCAAUGCCUUAGGUCUUUUGAAGAGGCUUGAACUGCACAGGAGGCCUCGGAUGCAUCCCCAGGCUGACAGAAGUUCACUCAGGGUGGCCCUUGGCGGGCAGGAUUCAGAUACUGUUUCUAUGGGCCCUGCUGAAAGCCACUCUGCCUUUCCUUGGUCCUGCUGAAUCUGUUAAUUGCCCUAUGCAGCCCCUGCCAGCAGUUCCCACCACUCCCAUCCCACCUCCAUAUUCAGUUCCUGAGCAGUCUGGUGCCCUGCUGGACAAAAUCCCCCUUUAUCCAGUCCAUGUAAUGCCAGGGGCGCCCCAUACAUAGAUCCCCUAUUCUUCUCAGGGACUCAAGGAUCUAUGCACCACCAUUAAGGAGGAUGGCGUUACGGCACCUUGGACCAAAUUGAUACUGUACAGUACUUCUCUAUCGCUUAACACUCCCCGUGAUUGGUGGGACAUUGCUCGGGCUGUCCUGCCGGGCUCUCGUUUUCUUCAGUGGGAGGCCUUUUAUAGAGAUGAGUGCUGGGAGGCUGACCGCCCUAAUGUAGGCUCUCAUACCCCACCAAUGUGGGCUUCAGGUCACCUGCUGGGGGAGGGAGUAGCAAAAGACCCAUACUCCCUAUUGCAACAGCCAACUGGAUUUUUUUUGCCAAGUCUGUUUAUGUGCAAGUCAGUCCUGGGGAAGGCCAACUCCUGGUGCUGACGGAACCCUCUGGCCCUCUGGCGUGUCUCUAACUUCCCUGCAUCGGAAAGCAACAGAGCUUUUCCCCGACUUUGUUCAGAGAGUCAAAGAGUGUGGAGCGCCAAGUCUCAGACCCCAUUAUUCAGCACGAGAUGGUACACCAAUUGGUCUGGGAUGGAAUGACUCCUAAAUGCCUGUGAGGGCAUGCAGCAUGCUCAUUAUAAGGAUUGGGUCAUAAAAACACACGAUGUAGGAUCGUCCUACAUGGCUGCUGCCUUGCAGGAUUAUCAUGUGAGCAAACCUCACUGCUUUAUAUGCGGUGAGUUAGGUCACUGGAGAAUAAACUGUCCCAAGAAGGACCACCCCCCCACACCAGAAAAGUUCCCUCCAAACCUAAUACCCUCUGCCCUCAAUGAUGUCCCUACAUCAUUGGAAAAAGGCCUGCAAGGACUCCAAAACCCACAAAGAUGGGUCCCUUCUGAAGAAUUUAGCAUCCCCACCUUUCCUGUUCCCACCAAAAAUUUUCUGGACCAUUCCAAUAGAACUUCCACUGAUCCCCAUGUUUGAUAAGAAAAUUCUAACUCUGUCUCAGAACUAGAAAAAAAAUGAUACCAUCUGAGGCUUACAACAACGUUGUCAUAAUUUAUUUUGCCUGCUUUAUAUUAUCAAAAGUGCUUUCUUGACCCAUUUUUAACAAGCAGGCAACAGGCUGAUCAGGCUGGGAAAUGGGGGGUUGCUGACCAAGGUUCCCAAUUGGCCAACAGGGCAAACUUUGCCCUGGGGGCUGACCCUUCCUUUAUCAGUCCGUCAGUUUUCUCCCUGCCAUUCUUGAGGGGUCAGAUCAAUCGCUCAACAGUAUACGUUUGCACAUGUGCACGUGGUGUUUGUAGUCAGUCCAUUGUCUCUCUGUCUGUCUGGGUAGAGUACUCAAAAGCUAGAGCCAGGUUAAAAUCAGAAGUAGAAAUCCUUAAACCUGGGCAAGCAUCAUCAUCAUGAGAAGCCAGAGUGAUGUGCAACUCAGCGAUUUAAAAAGUUUAGAUGUGGGGCUGGAGUGAUAGCACAGCAGGUAGGGCGUUUGCCUUGUAUGUGGCUGACCCGGGUUCAAUUCCCAGCAUCCCAUCUGGUCUGCUGAGCAACGGCAGGAGUAAUUCCUGAGUCCAUGAGCCAGGAGUAACCCUUGUGCAUCACCAGGUGUGACCCAAAAAGAAAAGAAAAAAGUAUAAGUGUUUUUGAAAAUUGUUAGACCAAGUUUAAAUAAAAAUUUCUCACCAGAAAGUUGAGGCUACAGAGAAAUUAAAAUUCUCAAUCUAAAAUCUCUUACUUGGAAAAACAUUAAUGAUUGUUAACAGUUAAAAUCCUGUUGAGCUUCAGAAACUGCACUAUCUAGAUACUACACUUGAUCUUAGCCAAAAGGCCGAGAAGCGAUAAAGCUGCACUAUCUAGAAAGAGCUGUGGAACUAGAGUCUGAAACUAAAGUGAAUUAGGAGUUCAGAGAAUGCAAGGCUUUCUCUUACAAGCCUGAGCCAAUUGUAAUGAAGAAUUAGUCUGCUUUCUAGAGUUAUAAAAUUGGUUGCAAAAUUUACCCUACCACUAUUUUAUUUGAUCUCUGAGACUUUUGGUAAUUAAAAUUUCUAGAGCUACUUAGCAAAGAGUAGCUAAUGCGUUAAAAUUUCAGACCAGCUUCAGGUCUUCUUGUAGAAGAAAAAAAGUGAGUCACUUUAAGUCCAAGCAACUGGAAAUGCCCUUUUGGCUUUCAUGACCUUGUUAAACAGAGGCAGCUGCCUCCCCCGACUCUUUCUCUUUCCUCAGCCUUUUUUCAGCCGAGGCCAAUUAGAGCUGAAAAUGGUGAUAACUCACAGUCUUAUGCUGAUUUCAAUUUUGAAGUUAAGUAGUUAAUAUCUUAUUGUUAAAAGUUUUGAAUUCUGGGGCUGGGGCAAUAGCACAGCGGGUAGGGCAUUUGCCUUGCACGCGGCCGACCUGGGUUCAAUUCCCAGCAUCCCUUAUGGUCCCCUGAGCACAGCCAGGAGUAAUUCCUGAGUGCAGAGCCAGGAGUAGCCCCUGUGCAUCUCCAGGUGUGACCCAAAAAGAAAAAAAAAGAAAAGUUUUGAAUGCUUCUGGAGCAGAGUAUAUCCAGAAAACAAAAUAUGUUUUUGUGGUAAAAAGGAAUUUAAAGUUUAAGGUAUUCUGGCAGAAGAGUUUUGUCUCAAGAAUUAUGAAAGAAAAAGGGUGAUAAAACAGAAAACUGGAAGGAAUAUUUUACCUUCAUAUUAAGAUAAAUAUAGACAAUCUAAAACUUUGUUCCUUUCUCUAUAUUAAGUUAUUUUCAAGGGUUGCCGAAGUAUACAUGCUUAAACUGCAUAUGUGACUAUUUGAGUUGUUUACUGGAGAAAAUAAAAAUUGAGGUUUAAGUCAUUUAAAAUAUAUAUAAUUACAAAAUGCAGUCCACUGGAAGUGAUGAAGUGGGCAAAGAUGGAAGGAAUAUGCAGGUAAAUGAAAUAUAUGAAUCUUGUAAAUGUAUUUACCCUCUCUCAUCCAUAUUUUCCUAGGAUUCAGAAUUUUAUAUUAUAAGAUCUUUAAUUGUGAACAUUAUAAACCUUUUGAAUAUCUAUGGAACUGAUGUAAUGCUUUUAAAAGAGUACUGCUGGGUACAUCUUAGUCAUAGUAAUUGAGAGAAUGAUUAGCACCUUGUUAAACAUGUCAGUAAAAUAAAGAUGUUAAAACCUAUGAGAUAUGACUAUAAGAAAGGAAUAUAAAUGUGUAUUUUAAGUAAAAAGUAUGAUGGAUGGAGAUAUCAUCAGUGGAAAGCAGGAAAGCAAUCCUGUUAAAGUGAGUUGGUUUUGGGGGCUGGAGUGAUAGCACAGCAGGUAGGGCAUUUGCCUUGCACGCGGCUGACCCGGGUUCGAUUCCCAGCAUCCCAUAAGGUCCCCUGAGCACCGCCAGGGGUAAUUCCUGAGUGCAGAGCCAGGAGUAACCCCUGUACAUCGCCGGGUGUGACCCAAAAAGAAAAAAAAAGUGAGUUGGUUUUGAAGUGGAAAGGUACCAGAUAGAAUGGAUAUAAUGGAAGUUUGUAGUUGUGUUUUUAAGGGAAACUGUGAUCAAAUUAUAUUGUUAUAGGGGCUAAAGCAAUAGAACAGCGAGUAGGGUGUUUGCCUUGCCUGCGGCUGACCCGGGUUCAAUUCCCAGCAUCCCAUAUGGUCCCCUGAGCACCGCCAGGGGAAAUUUCUGAGUGCAGAGCCAGGAGUACCCCUGUGCAUCACCGGGUGUGACCCAAAAAGCAAUAUAUAUAUAUAUAUACAUACAUAUAUAUACACAUUUAUUUAUUUAUAAAAGCUAUACCUAUUGUUAUAUAUGUUAUAUACAAUAUAUUGUUAUAAUUAUAAUGUAAUAUUAUAUUGUUAUGAAAAGUA